UUCAUUCGCUGACGGUACUUACUUAUGCAGGCUCUUACUUCCGGCGCAAUCGACCUGAUUAACUCAGGCAAGACUAUCGAUGAACCUGUUCUAAAAAUUUUGGGUUAUAAAUUGGUUCCUGGAGGAAAUGCUGGUCAGAAUCGCUACCGUCUCUUGCUCUCAGAUGGCGUUAAGACGCAUUCCUUUGCCAUGCUGGCCACGCAGCUAAACCACUUGAUCGAAAGUGGUAAAUUGGUCAACGACACUGUCGUACGAAUAAAGAAAUAUGUGUGUAACAACAUACAGAAUAACAAGUAUGUCUUAGUAGUACUGGAUGUGGAGGUACUUGGUGUCGAGCAUGAGUCAGUCUCCGUUCGACCCCCAUUCCGGUCGGUCCCAGACAACACAUCUGUACCCUGUGCGCCUCCAGGAUUAGGACCACCACUGGGUUCCAAUGUUUUAAAAACGGACCUGAGUGGGAUGAAGACGCCUCCCAAAUUGUCCUCAAGCUCCUUUCUUGGCCAUGGUGGUGGUGUUUCCACCCCUUCCACUCCAGGUGCAACUAACUCAGGUUUGCCAAAGGUGUUCCCUAUUCAGAGUUUGAACCCUUACCAAAAUCGAUGGACGAUUCGUGCGCGUGUGUCACAGAAGUCCUCCAUCCGCACUUGGAAUAAGCAGGGACGCGAUGGAAAGCUAUUUAGCUUCACAGUUGUCGAUGAAAGCGGGGAAAUUCGUGUAACUGCGUUCAAUGCGGAAGUCGAUCGCUUUUUUGAUAUGAUUGAGGUUAACAAAGCGUACUACAUCACGCGCGCCAAUCUCAAGGCGGCCAACAAACAGUUCAACACCACCAAUAACGAAUAUGAAAUGACACUUCAUGCGGACUCUUUAAUCACACCUUGCGAAGACGAGGACAUAAGCACUCUACCUGAAACCCAUUUCACCUUUGUUCCGAUAGGAAAGUUAGAUGGGUGUGAGCCGGGAUCCUACGUGGACAUUGUAGGCAUUGUUCACGAAGCUGGCGAAGUUCAAACUAUAAUGGCCAAAGCUUCCCAACGUGAGUUGCGCAAACGGGAGCUUGGUUUAGUGGAUGCUUCGAAAUGCCUGGUCCGUUUAACUUUGUGGGGUGAGCAAGCUGAGACUUUCGACGGUUCGUUACAUCCUGCUGUUGUCAUUAAGGGAGCCAAGGUUUCCGACUUCAACGGUCGUUCCCUGUCAGUCGCCACUACGUCAACCGUUAUGGUUGCUCCCACGAAUAUUGCCGAGGCACUUCGUUUAAAAGGGUGGUACGAGCAUGAAGGUCAUGCAGCCAACUUCGAGACAUACAAAAAUGAACUUGUCGGCUCCGUUGGUGGCAUGGACAUUGGUUCUGCCACCGGUGGCCCCCUCGGGGGUUGGCAUCUAAUUCAAGACGUCAAAUCCGCAGGGGUGGGCACCAAUGUGAAGGCAGAUUAUUUUACUUGCAAAGCUACUGUCGUUUAUCUGAAGAAAGAGAAUUUCAUGUACCAGGCUUGCCCCACUGAAGGAUGUAACAAAAAAGUUAUGGACUUGGGUCAUGGCAUGUACCGAUGCGAGAAAUGCGCUCGUGAAACCCCGAACUUCAAGUGGCGGUUGUUGCUAACGAUCAAGACCGCAGACAUGACUGGAGACUUGUGGGUUACCUGCUUUCAAGAUGCCGCUGAACAGUUACUCGGUCACAGUUCAGAAAGUUUGGGGGCUAUGAAAGAUUCCCAGGACGAAGGGGAGCUGGAGCGCGUGUUUUUAAAUGCCGUCUUUAACUCUUGGGUGUUUCGCCUUCGUGCGAAAGUGGACCGGUACAACGACGAGGAGCGCUUACGCGUAGUCAUUGCAGAAGCAAAGCCUUUGGAUCACGUGGAUUACGCACGACGCUUGCUCAAGGCGAUUAACGAGUUGGCACCGAAGUUACCGGCCGAAUAUACGCAAUACACUGUUUAACGUCCUUCUGUCUGCAUUUUGUUCGUAAACCUUUUUUACUCUUUGCUGUGGCAUCCUAAUUGUUACAACUGCUGUGCGCGGCAUAACUAAAUGC